AUGGAUGCUCCGAUGCAGGCCCGCCACCGCAUGGCCACCAAUUCAAGCAAGAGUACAACAAAAGCCACAAACGGAACAGAACAAGUGAGAUUGAAGCAAAGCAGCUCAAACACCUUCUUCUCCUCGCUGCAAAGCGUCCUCCAGUCGCUUACCACGGACAUUGAAAAGAAGAUCAAUGUAGAGACUGAAAAAUCUGAGGAGAAGGUGAAGGAGAGCGCCGUUCAGCCAGUCUCUACUACCACUACUACUCCAUCUUCGGCAACAGUCAACACGACCGCCAAAAUGCCUGAACAACAGUCGGCAAAGGUCUCCUUUGAAGAAGGUCUGCUGGAGGUCUGCGAGACGCUGAACGGCACAGCCGGCGUUUGUCAGCCGCGAAUGCACUGCAUCAUGCAGCAGCCUGAACAGCGCCGAUUCACCGUCUGCGAAAACGCCAAAGAGUACAGCAUUCGCUACGAAUCGGUGCACAUGUACAACGGCACCGAGUCGCAGGUGUCGGCGUUGCGCAUUCACGAGGAGUACCACCCGCCGGCCAUCUACAAUGACAUUGCCCUGGUCUUCCUCCAGCAGCCCAUCAUCUUCAGCGACCUCGUCCAGCCGGUCUGCCUGCCCGGCAAGCGAAUGCUCAACGAGCUGAUGGUCGGCCUGAUGGCGCACGUCGUCGGCUACGGUGACCUCAGCUUUGGCGGCGCCCAGGCCUCGGUGCUGCAGGAGGUGGACGUGAAGAUCAUCAAUGGCUCAUUCUGUGACCGACACUAUCGGCGGCUGGUGGAGAGCGGCAAGAAGUUCAGACAGGGCAUCGGGCGGUCGCUGAUUUGCGCCGGAUGGCAGGAGGGCGGCAAGGACGCCUGUCAAGGUGAUAGCGGAGGCCCACUGACGGUCAACUACCACGGCGCCAACUACCUGAUUGGCCUGGUCUCCUUCGGCUACCGCUGCGCUCUGCCCAAGUUUCCCGGCGUCUACACGGCAAUUGCCCACUACCUCAAGUGGAUCUUUGCCAGCAUACAGUUGUGA